AUGCAUUUUCUUCCUCUCGUUAUUUUCGUCCUCGUGCCUCAAUUGGUGCGCGGUAUGAACAUACCACGCACAAGUACCGUUCCGACCCGCACCUUGAAGUCAGUCGUGGUCCGACAAAAUGCACCACCAGUAACCACUUUAACAGGCCCUUCCAAUGGCCAUGAGCGUGGAGAUGUUAUAAUCACCAUAUCCGAGAAAGACAACAACGACAUUGCUCAACUUAUCGAUCAAUAUGUUUGUCCGGAUUCAAAACGCCGGAAACGCUUUGUGCAAGACUGCAUCUUCGACAUUUCCACCUCCAUGUACAAAAAAAUGGAACAGGGCCAGCUCGAGUCUUUGAUGAACAUUGCGAGAGACGAAAUCGCACUCCCAAUGCCACCCGAGUGGGGAGACUUGACUCUUGGACAGAUGAAUCUUCUCGGUCAACCGCUACAGAACCUUCCUGGCACGGAUGGUGCAAGAAGGAAUCGCUUGUCGCGAGUCGUAUGGUGGACGCUUUAUCCGCCGCUGGUCAUGCAUACUGAUGAUAAUAUGCCCGUGAGAGUGAUUCCAGCACUCCUGGCUCAACGAACCGAUUCAGCGCCGCCUGAAGAGACCAGUGCUCGUUGUCACUUACCUCUAUCGAUCCCAUACUGCGCCAAUUGUGGCGGUGCAACUACUUCAGAAGGAACGACAUGCGUAGGAUUCGGAGAUUUAUGGAAGCUCUGUCCUUGCGUCAAGAAUACUCCUCUGCCACCUGAAUUGCAUACCAUGCAAAUGUCAUCCGAGCAGAUGUCGGCAUGGAAAUUGGCCAGACAAGCGGCCAGUAAAAAACCUAACAUAUCGUGUCGCACGAACAGCAAUGUAACUCAGACAAUGGGCCUCUGGGAUAGGCUUGCGGACAAAUUCUGCAGUGAAAACGACCUUUCUGACGGUACUCUAAGAUGGAUGGUAGAGAGAGAUGAGAUCUACGACAUUUGGCCGCACUAUACUUACUUUCUUGACUAUCGGUACUAUUUCCAAUGGACCUCGAAGUAUACGCCGAACUGUCAAAUCCCACCAUGUAAAGCCAUGAUGAAUGACCUCCAUAGCUGUGGAGACGACAUGAGGAAUCAGAUGGCUGUGGCUGGGACGACGGAGAACAGCUGUGGUACCAUGAGUUACGGCAUCGAAGAAAAGCUCGGUGAUGUCUCGCCGAAGGAAGAGUAUACCCUGGACAUAGCCAUACAAGUGAACAGUUUGAUGUUUUUCACCGGAAUAAUGUACACUGUCACCGAUUCAAAUGGGCUACCCGUAGCCACUUAUAGCCAAGCAGACUUUCCCAUUCAGGAUCUCAAGCCAGUAUACAUGGAUGGUCUUCCACACAGUAUAAAACUUAUGCCGCGUAUAAUCGAGUCGACACCGUAUCGUCUUCCAACGGGGGAACGGUAUUGGGGCGGAGUAUGGUUGCAGGUGGAUAUGGACUAUGGAGAAGAGCUUAUCGGUCACCCCGACAACAAAGACCACUGUGCCUAUUCCUGGAAUACAAAGGAGAACUCUAGGUCAUGUUUAGAGAAGCCAGAGAAGAAUUUCAGCUGCGAGCACUCCAACACCUUUCCUCGUUGGUCUGGCGGACCGGCUGCUGAUGAAUCAAGCAUACAGAGCAUGUUUUGGAGAUGCACAAUUACAGGAUAUUCUGGCAUUGUGUAG